CUACCAGCUGCCGCAUAGGACGAGUUCUAAGGUUCUUCCUCUAAUCGAGGGAGAGUCGAGGAGACCUCGUCAGAUCGCUUCGGGAUCAGGAAGCUACCGUUUUCGACCCCCUUAACACCUACUCAAAGGGACACGUUCCUGGUUUCUGACAAUCUACAUUUUACUAUCUAUUCUUUCUGUAUAGAAGGUAUAGAAAGUAUAUACACCCCAUCGCGUCCGUAUUAGAAUCUCUUUUGAGAUCUUAUACCGCUACCUGAGUUUAUACGAAACUCCUCAUCAAACUUCCCAAGCAACCUCCACCACCAGCCGCGAGGGAUAUGGUUAUGGCAACAGCCGCCGUUGAACGCUACUCACAGACUCUCUUUGAUAAUAAUCCAAUUUUUAUCAAGAAGAAUCAUUUCUACGAGCCGCAGCAACAUCAUCAUCAUGGCGCUGUCGUUGCCAAACAAUUGAUUGGCGAUGCUCUUCGCCAACGCGUUGAAAACAUUGACCAUGAGUUGUGUGAACCAGGGGAUGAGGACACUUUUUUCGUGGGCGAUCUUGGCGAGGUUUACCGCCAACACAUGAGGUGGAAGAAGAACCUCCCUCGCGUCAAGCCCUUUUAUGCCGUCAAGUGCAACCCAGAUCCUAAGGUUCUCCAGCUUCUUGCCGGACUAGGCACUGGCUUCGACUGUGCCUCGAAGUCCGAGAUCGAGCAAGUCUUGAACCUGGGUGUUGAUCCAUCUCGCAUCAUCUAUGCCCAACCGUGCAAGACCAACUCUUACGUACGCUAUGUCGCCACCGAGGGUGUUAAGCAGAUGACGUUUGACAAUGCCGACGAGCUGCGCAAAAUUGCCAAGCUUUUCCCUGACGCUGAGCUUUUCCUACGCAUUUUGACCGAUGACUCAUCCAGCUUGUGCCGUCUGAGCUUGAAAUUUGGCGCUUCCCUUGACUCCACCAACGAUCUCUUGGCUCUCGCCAAGGAUCUCGGGCUUAAUGUCGUUGGUGUGAGCUUCCAUGUGGGGUCCGGAGCUUCUGACCCCCUCGCGUUCCUCAAGGCUGUCCAGGACGCCGAGACCGUCUUCAAGCAAGCUUAUUCGCAUGGCUUCAACUUGGAGACGCUCGAUGUGGGCGGCGGAUUCAGCGGCGACACAUUCGAGGACAUGGCUGAUGUCCUUCGUGAAGCUCUCGACGAGUAUUUCCCGCCACACAUCAACAUCAUUGCUGAGCCUGGUCGCUACUACGUAUCUUCGGCGUUCACUAUAGCUUGCAACAUCAUUGCCCGUCGCACUAUUGAGAACCCAGCGACGGGUGAGACUAGCUACAUGACGUACAUCAAUGAUGGGCUAUACGGCAACUUCAGCAGCAUCAUGUUCGAUCAUCAACACCCCAUUGCCAAGGUGCUGCGAUCUGGCAACAGGACCUUUUACAAUACACCUCUCGCUGAUGGCAUGCCCGAAGCUGCCACCGCUGGCAUGGAGUACUCAAUCUGGGGACCCACUUGUGACGGCAUUGAUCGUAUCACUGAGAGCAUUCGCUUCAACCACGAACUUAAUGUCGGCGACUGGCUGUACUUUGAGGACAUGGGCGCUUAUACUAAGUGCUCUGCCACCAAAUUCAACGGGUUUAGCGACAGUCACGAUGUCCUCUAUGUCUGCAGCGAACCUGGCGCCAAAGCUCUUAUGGACCUUUAAAUGUUUCUUGGAUCGGCUAUGAAUAUAUUUACAAGUCAGAGUAGAUAGACACAGAGCAUUCCGUAUGCAUUCUC